AUGGCAGGCAAUAUCGGUGCAUUCUGCGUUCGAAGAAGCUUACAGCACCGAUAUGUUAACCUCCAUGCAACCCGGUCAGAAACAGGCACAGUAGCAAAAACCAACGCAAGGAAAGUUAUCGUGUUAAGACAUGCUUGUGGGUCAAGGAUAGGUAUUCCCUCAGGUAAAUACUUGGUAGGGUUUACUGCCACUCCUUUACCAGAUGGUGAGCAUCGUAGCUUUUGCAAGGCGUACCUAAGCGGCUUGUGGUUCUCAAUGAGCCCAAGGAGUACCCCUCGAGAGUGUAUGACGUUGUUUUCCGUAUAUAGCAGUAAACGAUGGAGAAAGUGUGGGUCAGUGAUAUCUGUCUCCAGCGCUGCUUGUUCAAAUAACGCAUUGCCAAGGUUCUUGAGCGACGUUCCUUUCUCGUACAUCCACAUAAGUUCCGGUUUGUGCAAAACACCGCAGUCAAGGUUGUUUAUUGCUGAUAUCAUCGACUGCGUUAAAGGACCGGUAAGCCCCAUUCGCUCCAUAUAUUUUGACCUGACCGCCGUCACAAGAACGUGGUCUGUGUAA